CAGUUGCUCUCGCGAGACAGGAGAGUCGGUUUCGCCUUGGCGGCGGCGGGAGAAGUGCGCUUGCGCGUUGGUCGGCUGACUAGUUGGGCAAGAGGUGGCGAGAAGACGGGGUUGGUCAAAUUAGAGAAAGAGGCCGCGAACUCCACCUUUCCGGCUUACUAUAUAGCCAUCAAAUUCUUGGAACAAACCCUUCUGCUCUCUCUCGAGGAGGAUAUCCGUGCGUAUUGUAGGAACCCGUGGUGUGGUGUUCCGGUGUGGAAAAGUUCUCGGAUGCUCUACCGCAUCACGAACGAGUUCCUGAUGGCGGCAGAGGAUCAGAGAACUAGUUCUGUAGAGGCCCCGCCCUUACCCAGCGUCACCUGCGUGGAAGGGGCCCCACGUGGUUCGGCUGCCAAAAGUGGGGAGGGCUUUUCUUGUCCACCAUGUUUGUGUUAUGCAGUAAAAAGAGUAGGGCUUCUCCGCUGGAAAGAUGCGAAAGUGACCACCAGGCCCUGACUUGGGCUGGGCCUCUUCCCCUGGCCUUGGCGCUGACGGCGCAGCCGCCCUAAAGUGUGCCUCUUUAGGGGCGGGCUGUGUUAGUUAUUGAAGUUUCCCUGCAAAUCUCUCCUCGCUUCCUCCUCUCCUUUGCCUUUUCUCUUGGUUUUAAUCUCUCCCACUUUGUAAUUUCAGCUACCCAUCUACCGCUUGCGUCGCCCGACUUUGAGUUGUUUUCCAAAUAGUGCUUUGCAUUCUUGAAAAAUGCUUGUACAAGUGACAACUAGUAAAUAAUUUUUGGUUGUGCUGGGUCGCAUACCACUAAGGUUCCUAGUGACAGCUUUUGGGGUUAAAAAAAAAAAAAAAGGCCGAAUUUCUGUAAGAAGAGUGGAGGGCAGUCCUAGUACCAAGAUCAGCGCAAGUUAAAGAGCAAACGAGAUCAGUGAAAGUUAACUUGCAAACAAGGAACGUAUAUCAAAUGAGGGGGAGAGACGGAAAUGAGUGUGAGUACGCAGAUGUUCCUGCAGGUUGGGAAUGUGGACAAAACUAAAUUUUAGGCCUUAAAUAUCCAGUCAGAGACUUUGUACAGACACUGCAAGCCCGUCGAGGGUGGGGUGAUGGGCGCAAGGAGUAUUAGCAGUAGAGAAGCUAGAAUAAUUUUUCCUCCCUGAGGUAUGCAGUUUGUAGUGUGGAGAAGGAAGGCCAGUUACCGUCAUACAAUGGAAACUUCCAUUUCGUGGCUAUAAUACAUCCGCAAACCUGCUUAAGACAAGUGUGGGGUAGUAAGAAUUGGCUAGGUCAUAAUGUCCUACUGCCUUUUGUGAGCCCACUCUCUCCAAAUAACCCUCAGAGAAAUGGAGAAGGGAAAAUGUGGUCUUCAUUACAAGAGAUAGAAAAGCAAAACGUAUAGUGUAAUAACGAUAGCUCACGAUUAUUGAGAGCUUGCUUGAGCUAGGUGCUGUGUUCAAUUCACUGACUAUUACCUUAAAAAUAAUGUCCCCAUUUUACAGAUGAUAUGCCUGAGUUCUAGAGAAGUUUAAAAAGAUACCCAAGAUCUCACACCUAGUGACAGAAGCUAGGAUUGAAACCCAAAUGGUUUUACCCCAGGGACUAGGGUCUUAAAAGCACUAUGGACCUACCUGGGGAUGUAUUAAGGGAACAAAAUAUAUUUAGGCAAAUUGAAGUUAGUUCCCCUAAAUAACGCUGCAGUUACCGUCAUUUCUGGAGACUUGCAGUUAACAGUUUAUUGGCUGGAGACUUUUGAACUGGCCUGAAACUUAGUAUCACUGACUGGGGGUGGGGGAGGUUUCUUUUCUCUUUUUUCCUAUUGAUUGCUGUAUUAGUAAAGACUCCAAGGUCUACUUCAGAUGAAGUUCUUCCCUGGAUUCAAGUUACGUCAUUAUCCUUUCUGACUUUCAACCUGAUUUGAGGAACCCUGGAGAGGAUCUUGUUAGAGUCCAAAAUGAGAGAAAAGAUGAAAAAGGAGAAGAAAAUAGAAGUACCCACAGCUCCCAGAGGAAAACAAGACACAGACAUGAGAUCAUGACUACACCACCAGGAAGAGAACAGGAAAAUUCCAUGCAGAGCUUGAAAAAAGAAGAAAGAAAUUGAAGAGAUUGCACUCUCCUGGAUAUACCCUUCUUCUUGGGACUUCCCCCAUGGCACUAGUGGUAAAGAACCUGCCUGCCAAUGCAGAAGACAUGACAGACUCAGGUCUGAUCCCGAGUGGGGAAGAUCCCCUGGAGGAGAGCAUGGCAAUCUACUCCAGUAUUCUUGCCUGGAGAAGCAGAGCCUGGUGGGCCACAGUCCAUGGGAUUGCAAAGAGUCGGACAUGACUGAAGCAACUUAGCAGUCAUACACCCGUGUUCUUGGAUUAAAAGAAUAUCUUCAAAAUGAUUUUACAACUCAAGCAAUAAGAAGGAAAGCAGUCUACCAACAGUUUUGAGAGUUUGCAGAAACAGCUUACAAAGAAAAUGAAACUCCCUAUUUUCAUAGCCGAUGCAUUCACAGCAAAAGCAUUUAGUGGGAAUCCGGCUGCUGUUUGUCUCCUAGAAAAUAAACUGGAUGAAGACUUGCAUCAAAAAAUUGCAAAGGAAAUGAACCUCUCCGAAACGGCUUUUAUCCGAAAGCUCCACCCAAAUGACAACUUUACACAAAGUUCCUGCUUUGGAUUAAGGUGGUUUACACCACAGAAUGAGGUUCCUCUCUGUGGCCAUGCUACCCUGGCUUCUGCAGCUGUUCUGUUUCACAAAAUAAAAAAUGUGAACAGCACUCUCACGUUUGUCACUCUGAGUGGGGAACUGAAGGCCAGAAAAGAAGAGGAUGGCAUCGUCCUGGACCUGCCUCUUUAUCCAGCACAUCCCCAGAAAUUGCAUGAAGUGGAGGACUUGAUAAAGACUGCCAUAGGUGACACGCUGGUUCAGGAUGUUCGCUAUUCCCCAGAUACCAAAAAGCUCCUGGUCCGGCUCAGUGAUACUUACAACAGGUCAUUUCUGGAGAGCCUGACAGUGAACACAGAGAAUUUGCUGCAAGUGGAAACCUCAGGGAAGGUGAAAGGACUUAUUCUCACCCUCAAGGGAGAGCCUGAUGGGCAGACUCAAGCAUUUGACUUUUACUCCAGAUAUUUUGCUCCAUGGUACGGUGUGGCUGAGGACCCCGUAACAGGGUCUGCACAUGCUGUUCUCAGUAGCUAUUGGUCUGAGCAACUAGGGAAGAAACACUUGCAUGCCUUUCAGUGUUCCAACCGGGGAGGAGAACUGACGAUUUCCCUGCGUUCUGAUGGACGAGUUGACAUCAAGGGAGGCGCUGCUCUUGUUUUAGAGGGCACGCUGACAGCCUAGACUGCUUGCACUGCAAUGAUGCAAUCUUGAAGUACUAUUUUCUGCAUAAAAAAAAUGUAAGCGACUGCUUUGAAUAAGAUUGCAUUGUAGUCCACUUGAUCUCACCUGAGAAAUAGAACAAUCUAGACAUAUUAAUGGGGAUUUAAUAAUGCUUCCUGAUGAAUUAACUAAAGGAGUUUUGGUUCUACCUGUGAACAUAUUCGAAGUAACCAAUAUCAAAGAAUAAUGUUGUCACCUUUAAGUGUGACCACCAAUCACAGAAUGAGGAACACAUUUAUGAAGAGUAAGAUUAAAUCAUUUAAACUCAGAUGUGAGUACCUGAUAGACUGUUUUGCAGCCAUCGAAAAGACCUAAUAGCUAGGUGGAAAUGUAGAAAAAUAGUUCACAGUAUAAUACUAAGAAAGAAAAUUAUAGUAGACUGUUAAAUGUUAGCAAUGUUAUGCUAUGUCUGUGGAGAAUAGGAAUUUAUAUGGACAAGAAUGGAUCAUGAAGAUAGAAAAGUAAAAAGACUUUUUGUGUGAACGGUAAGGUUGGAGUAAUUUUAAUGCACCUAAAAAAUUAUUUCCUUUAUUGGAACAUGCUCACGUUUAAUACCUAAAAAUCAGGAUAUGUAGGUAAAUAACUAAAACGCCCAGAUAUUUUUUAAAUGAGUGAUAAUGAGUGAUAGAGUGGUAAUAAAAUUAAACAUGGAAAGUAACAUGAUAUCCUGCCUCUUUCCAAGUUCUUUUCAGGGUGGGAAUCCCCCUUACUGUCAUUCCCAUGUAUUCUGCAAGUUAGGUGCCCAGCUGGGAUCUGAAUUCUCAUCCUAUGGGUCAGAUCUGCUGCUUAGCAGUCUGAUGUGGUUGGUAAAAAGCAAUUUGCUGUCUCCAGUGUGUAAGACACUGGACUAGAAACUGGCAGGGUAGAGAGCUGGGGGGCAAGAUGCAAAGGAGAUUAGAGGGGGAGCUUGUAGGGCUCUCAAGGGACUCUUAACUGGGGAGACCAGGCUCAUCCUUUCAUGAAAAGAUAAUGAGCACUUGUAUUGGUCUGUGGUUAGGGUCUGCAUAUGGCAGACCCUAUGAGUGUUAUGGCGUAGUCAGGGGAGUGUUAAAAGACAGAGCUUUGAAACAUGGGCAUGAGCAAAGCUUCAGAGAUGAAUGAAUGUACACGGCCUCUAGAUUUUGUCUAGAGUUUCUACAUCUUGAAAGUAGUUACAUUCUAUAGGAACAGAGAUAUAAAGGAAAGUAGUUAUUAAACUAACAAUCCAGUCGAAGAGAUGAGACACAAGGACAGAGAAACACACAGACAGAUAAAUAAUAUUGAAAAUGAUUCUUUUUCUUUUUUGAAAACUAAUCUUAAUUAUUGUUGUUGCUGUUGUUUUCUGUAGAAAAGACAGGAAUCGCAGCAAUUGUGAGUCAUCCCCGGUGUAUGAGAAAGGGAGAACUAUAGUUCUUCAGGUGUGUACUUCCCGGACAAGUAGCAUUUGCACUACCUGGGAGCUUGUUAGAAAAGCAAAUUCUCAGGCCCUAUCCCAGACCCACUGAAUCAGAAGCUCUGGAGAUGGAGAACAGAAAUCUAGUUUUUAACAAGCCCUCCAGGCAAUCCGGGUGUACAUUUAAGUCUGAGAACCUCUAGUAUUCAUGGUAAUGAGUGACAGAGUGGUAAUAAAACACAGAAAGUAAGGUAAUAUCCUGCCUCUCUCCAAGUUCUUAUUGGGGUGGGAAUUCCCCUUGCUGUCACUCCCAUGUGUUCUGCAAUAUCCUAGUAUUCAGCCACUGUCUUCUUCCCUCUCAAGUGACAAUUGCUUAUGUAGCUCAAUUACUUUUUUUUUUUUUUCAAUUACUUUUAUUCUCUAUUAGUUUUUUUUUUUUUUUGGCUGCACCAAGUGGCUUACUGGGAUCAUAGCUUCCCAACCAGGGAUUUAACCCAUGCCUUUGGCAGUGAAAAGUGGAGAAUCCUAACCACUGGGCUGCCAGAAAAUUCCCAGUAACUUCUAAAUGUGCAUUAUCUCAAAAUCUCCCUGACCACACCAAUAUACUUGCUGCUUAAUGUAGUUUUGGAGGAGUUUUUUUUUUUUUUUUUCCCUCAUAGCUUCCAGUUCUGUUCAGCUAGAAAAAUUAGCUGUGCUCAGGUGGGAGCUGUUCAGUAAUGUGUUGGUAAUAUAGAGAUUAGUUAAUCAGCUAUGAUUUAUUAAUGAUGAAUUAAUUAUACCUGAUUAUGCAGUUCUGCUAGCUAAAUGGAGCUUUAAAGGAGUUAUUUUAUUAAUCAUCAUGGUGCUAAUUGCAGACACUUACAGAAGGAUCACUAAUUAAACAUGCAACCAUGUGCAGAACAAGUUGAGCUGCUGAGACCUGCAAUAAUAAGAAACCCUGACUUUUAGGGGAGCCAAAACAAAUUUUAUUUUAUGCAAUAUUAGGGAGUUGGCUUGGCAAUGUUAAUCAUUCACUGCAAAUUAAUAUUGUAAUUUUUCUCAGCAGGAAUUGAUCCUUAAAUCAAAAAAUAUAUAGCACUCUGCGUGCAUGUGUGCUAAGUCACUUCAGUUUUGUCUGAUCCUAUGGACUGUAGGACAGAUUCCUCUGUCCAUGGGAUUCUCCAAGCAAGAAUACUGGAAUGGGGUGUCAUGCCCUCCUCAUAUAGCACUCUAGUGAGAUUCUAAUAAAGGGAAAGGUUGUUCAAGCCUA